UGGCGGAGGAUGAUGACGCACUUCCGGCUUGAGUGGGUUGUUUUCCCAUCUGGAGCUGAAGUGGGACCUUGGAGGGAUAUUAGCACUUGUGCAGCGUUCUGCCGGACCGGGAGUUUGCGGGUGUCCGUGGGACCCGGUUUUGGGGAAGAUCGGUGAGUUUCUUAGGUUUGCGCUCUUCCCGGAAGUCAGUCCUGAAGGAAGAUCCGCUCAUGCGGAGAAAGACGAGUUCGAGCUGGACGGACCGAGGACCCCGAUGGCUGCGAGCUCCGUGGUCUCCGGGUCCCCUCUCUCUGAGGGACUUAUGACAGUAAAAGUGGAGGAAGAUUCGCACCGAGGUGAGGAGUCCGAUGGGCCCAGGGAUUGGCAGAACCCCGAAACUUCUCGAAGGCAGUUUAGGCAGUUGCGCUACCAAGAAGUGGCUGGACCGGAAGAGGCGCUGGGCCGCCUCAGGGAGCUUUGUCGUGGGUGGCUGAAGCCCGAGCUGCGCUCCAAGGAGCAGAUCCUGGAGCUGCUGGUGCUGGAGCAGUUCCUGAGCAUCCUUCCCGAGGAGCUGCAGGCCUGCGUGCGGGAGCACUGUCCCCAGAGCGGGGAGGAGGCUGCGGCCUUGGCGCGGGCUCUGCAGAGAGCCCUGGACCGGACCUCCCCGCAGGGUUUGGCAACUUUCACGGAUGUGGCCAAAUCUCUGACCUGGGAGGAGUGGGAGCAACUGGAUGCAGCUCAGAAGGAUUUCUGCAGGAAGACUCUGAAGAAAGAUUAUGGGAGCAUAGUUCUUCCUGGUUUGGAAACUAAAACUGUGAAUACUGACUUGAUUCCAAAGCAAGAGAUUUUAAACGAAGCAGAGCCACAGACAUGGCUACAAGAAGUUUCCCAGGGGAAGAGCCAACUAUUUACUGAGUGUAGUGGGACCCACAAGGACAGGGCAGAAAAGCUGCCCAGAAACGCUCCAUUGUCAAAACUCAAACAUUCUGAAGAACAAGGACUCACCAGAGUGUCACAUCUCACCAGUGUUUCCAAGGAAGAGAGAAUUCCUAAAAAUAAUGAAUUUGAGAACAGCACCAGCAUUGGCCUUGGUCAGCACAUCCCGACAGCAAAGAGGCCCAUUGAUAAUGGUGUGUAUGGGAACAAAUGCAAACAAGGUUUACAUGAGAAAAAUACAGUGAAACCAUGCAACUCCAUUGACAGUAGUGUGGGCCUUUCUGACACACAGAAGCAGUUCCAUGAAGACAAACCUUAUAGGUGUGAUAGUUGUGGGAAGAGCUUCAAACAGCGCUCAGACCUCUUUAAACACCAGAGGAUCCACACAGGUGAGAAACCCUAUCCAUGCCAAGAAUGUGGGAAAAGCUUCAGUCAGAGUGCCACCCUGGUUAAACACCAGCGGACACACACAGGUGAGAAGCCAUAUGCAUGCCCAGAGUGUGGGGAAUGCUUCAGACAGAGCUCACAUCUAAGUCGGCAUCAGAGAACCCAUGCCAGUGAGAAAUUCUAUAAAUGUGAGGAAUGUGGGGAGGUCUGUCACAUUUCCAUUCUUUUUAGACAUCAGAGACUACACAGAGGGGAGAGACCCUAUAAAUGUGAGGACUGUCAAAAGAGCUUCAAACAGCGCUCAGACCUCUUUAAGCAUCAGAGAAUCCACACUGGGGAGAAGCCCUAUGGGUGUUUAGUCUGUGGGAAAAGCUUCAGUCAGAGUGCAACUCUCAUUAAACACCAGAGAACUCACACUGGAGAAAAACCUUACCAAUGUCUUGAAUGUGGGGAAAGAUUUAGACAGAGUACACACCUUGUCCGGCACCAAAGAAUCCACCAAAAUAAAGUCUUGUAACUUUGAUAAACUUCUGUGUGACUUGCA